AUGCGUUGGCCUAAAGAAGCAAAACAGGGUACUGUCAUUGUGGGUGGAAAUGGUGAAGGAGCAGGAGUACAUCAGUUAAAAGCUCCCAUAGGUUUGUCCUUCGAUCGACAUGGCAAUCUCUACGUUAUUGAUGGUGACUUAUUCGGUAAUAAUCGUGUUCAACGCUUUUCAAUCGAAUAGACUCAAAACGAUGAAGGGUGGAUCCGUCGGGUUUCUACCAUUUUGCGGAAAUUUGUUCUUUUUAUUUUUAUUUUUAUUUUUUUCGAUUUUGAUAGUCUAUUUAGACGUAUCAUCGUUGAAAACGGU